UUAUGAUUUGGAAAGGAGUUAUAAUCAAUAACAAAGGUCAAUAAAAAAGGUCCAAAAGACACACACAUAUACAACUUUCUCGCUGGAUUAAGCAACAUUUUCACAGGAAACUCAUCAUUACCAAGCAGCUGAUUCCGCUUCUGGCACCCAGAGCCCAAGAGCACAUAUGGCCUCAUGGGCUCCGCUCCAUGGACUGAAUGCUUGGUCCCCGGGGCACCAGCAUUUAUUUAGGCCGCAUUAUCCUGAUACAAGGAUCCGGAAUAAAAUCUUAGAAAAUUGAUUUUAAAAAGAAAACAAAAACACUGGUCCUAGAAGACUGUUGUCUGGUUUUAUGACACAUGCCUGAUAUUAACUCAUAAAUCUCGUUCUUACAUGACAUUAACGGAUGUUUUAAUAUUCUCUGCAAUACCUUUUGCCGGCUUCUGUACAAAGUAACACCAUACGCAGCACAAACUCCAUCUCACUGACUGGAUGAGACCGUUACCACCGAUAAGGACACAGCAUCGUUACCCAGUGAGCCACUACCUGGGGUUUCAGACACUGACACACAAAAACCUUGGCCAUCGGCUCACUACAGGUGAAGGGCACAGGGCAGGAGCAAUAGAGCAAGGGCGGCGUCCCGAGGCCGAGGCCUGGAGGGAACGGAUCUGGAUUCCUGAACGGACCCUGGAUUAAGGAAAACAGGAAAGACCGUUUUCUCCCGCUUGGGCGCCGUGUGUGGGCCAAAUCAAGACACGGCCAUGGGUUGGUCCUGCAGGUGCCACCGUCCCCCUGCUCCGUCCAGCACAGGGACUCCGCGCCCGCGUCAGCUGCCCCAGACCAUCUCAGCUCUGGCUGCCCUGAGGACGAGCCGGGCUGGAUCAGUACAACCCGCCCGGCUGCUGGGGCACGGACACCAACCGGCCGUCCCGCUGGCGGACAGACUGCGUGCUCUGCGCACGGAGGACCCCACGGCCGCGGCGGAGUGUUUACAGACACUUCUGCUGCGCAGCUCCUCCUCCAACACUAAGAAGCAGACGACGUCUGAAAGUACUUGGAGACCCUGGCCCAUAACGGGGCUCUUAAAGGUGUGCGCCAACACGCAAGUCAGGCAGUCAACACGGGACUCUGCCGUACGGGCUCUCGCCUCAUCUGCACUGUGCUCCACGCUCUGUUUUUAAUUUCUGAAGAGAUUUUAUUUAUUUUAGAGAGAGAAAGAGAAAGAGUGAGAGAGAGCAGAAGGGGGAGGGUUGUGGGAGAAGCAGACUCCCUGCCCAGGAGCGGCCUCAAGGCCCACACCAGCAUCAGGACCUGAGCCCAAGGCAGCCACUUAAUACACAAUGAGCCACCCGGGUGCCCCCUGGGCGCGACUUUGAAACACACACACAAUCUCCUGCCUGGGAUGUCCUGCCUUCCUUUUCUUUUUUUUUUUUAAAGAAACAAAAGCACCCCUCAGUUACAGCUGGGAAAAGGACUGGGCUUCUUGUUAGAAGUGUUACUUUUUAAAUUAAAUUACUCAAAAUAACCCAAUCUGCUUAAAUGAAAUUAAAAUAUCCUGUAUUGGACUAAACGGGACUAAAUCUCUGUCGUUCAACCCAGGGGGGGGUCUAUGAUAUUAUAUAGUUAACGGCAUUCUAGUUCUGUCAGUGAUUUUUAAACUUAAUUAAAACGGACUGAAUCUUUUAAAAGAGAAACUCCCAUGACUGCCACUGGUGAGAAAUUAUUUUCAUUAAGCUGCGCAAAUAUGUAUGAAUCUGAAGUCAGAAAAUGUCGUCCACAGAGUUUAAAAGAGCUCUAAAGUCAAAAUAAAUAUACAAACUAAAUACCUACAAAAUUAUAAAACCAACAAAAUUUAAAUCACCAACAUGAACUUAACGUGAUGGCCACUACCCUACAAAACCAGUGUGAGGCUAAAAGCAAAAAUACGGUACUGAGGGCACCCAAUGGGGCCUUUGCACCAGCCACGCACCGCACGAGGACUCGGGACGCACUGCUCGGUCUGUCUGAGCAGCCAGAGGCCCCUGCGCAGGGCCCACACGCACACGGGCCCUGCUGGCCACAGGGGUGGCACUGCGUCUCCGCAGAGGGGCAGCAAGGCUCGGGCGCUGGUGCCCACGGCCGAAGCGAGGCACUCUGGCGGAUGGGUCAUCUGGCUGCUGCAGAACUUACUCAGCCUACGUCUUAAGUCCUACUCAGAAACCAGGACACACGCCUGGCAGUGCCCAAGAACCCAGCUUCGACUUUCUGUCAGGUGCGGCCCACUGCUGGCAGAGGCCUUUCCCUCCCACCACCACCACCACGAUGCCGGAGAGGACUGGAAAAGUGUCCGACCACAAAGCAACAAUGCUGGGCAGGCUCUGACGUGCGGGGGACAGCAAAGGGGCAGGAGGCGUGAUGGGUGACAGUCUAAGUACGCACAGGGGGCGAAGUCUCAACCUGCCCGGGGCCUCGGCCACGCUGCACACCAGGUCCCCCAGCUUGUCCCCAUCCUGUCAGGUGGGCGCACACAGUUACUCCCCCUUCCUGUUUCCCAAACGCCGGCUGCCGCGAGUGAAAGACCCUCCCCCAAAGGAAAAAUCUCAGAAGAAAAGGUUCAGUGGGGUCCUUAAGAAGUGACCGACCUCAGGGAAGCCCUCCAGCUGGAAGGCCCCCCUGCCCACGGAACUGCCUGCCGGCUCCAGGUGGCUGCGUCUUAGACACGAACCCAUCGCUCCCGAUCUGCAGGCGGCCGAGCGAAAACGCGCAAACAAGGCAGCUGGAGCAAAGAGGGACAGUGCACCGACAAAAUGUCAAAGAAGUGACAAUUAACGCCCUCAAGGGAGCUAAUGCCUGCCAACAGGAACGACGUCACCAAUGCUGGCUGGGCGCCUGCCAGGGGCCAGGGGCUACUCUAACCGAGUGUGGCCCCGGGUGAAGCGGGCCCCUUUCCCACAGCCCAGGAAGCAGGGCUCCUGUCAUCCCUCUCUGCGGGAGAGCAGCAGGCCCUGGGGCGCAGGGCGGGGUCCCUGGAGGAUGGGCGCCAGGAGAACGGAGAACAAGGACAUGCGCUUUGAAAUUCAAACAGUAAUAGUUUCAAAACUCAACACCUCUUCCAAAGGGUAGAGCCGGAAGACAGAGAUGGACAAGAGGAGAGAAAAGGUCAUUAGAGGACCGGGUAGUGGCCCAUCAGCAGGUAACAAGCCCCAGAAAGGAGAAGAGAAAGCGACACAAACAUCAAAGGACUAAGAGGAGAGUGUCCCAGAGCAGGAGCCCAGGAGCCUCCAGGCUGACGAGGUCCAGGGAAGGCUGAGCCGGACCCAGGAGCAGACCCUCGCCACGGUGCCUCACUGUGGAAACCACACCACUGGGGAGAAAGGGGGAUUCUAAAAUUCUCCCGAGAAAACGAACAGGUCACACAGCAAAGGAAUCAGAGGGCGGCAGACAGGACGCAGGAAGACGGUGGCUGGAACGCCGACCGUCCUCACAGUUCCGAGAAAAGCCAGUUUUUAACCCACAGUUCUACACCAGGCCAAAUUUUCAACUGCACUUCGAAGGGCAGAGUAAAGAUAUUUCAGACAUGGAGGGGGAAAAGCAAAAAAAGAUCACAACAAAAGCCCCUUCCUCAGCAAAUACUGAUGAUGCAAUUAGGCAAAAUGAGAAUAAAGCAAGGGGAAGGCAGACGGGGAGCGAGCGCGUCCCCGCGCCGGCGAAGACAGGCCAGGAGGCCAUGGCGCUGGGAGCAGCGGUCCCAGCCGGGCAGACGAGCGCUGGAGGGGCCGGCCGUGCCUGGGACGGCCCGGUGACGUGGUGGCAGAGCAGCCGCAGCGUCCGUUCCCACCGCAGCAGACACAGAGGACCACGCGUGCAGAGCCACCAGGCAUCGUCCGCUCUGGGGAAAAGGAAAUUUGUAUGAGAAAGAGAACCGAGAACGCAGCUCCGGACCGAACACUGUCUGCCGCCAGCACAGCGCGGAGGGAACGGAGACGCCCAACGGAGUCCUCUCAACUCUCCUUCCUUCCCUGUUUCUUCUUUUUCGGGGAGGUGGGUGCACGUGGGUGGAAGGUGAUGUCAGCAAAAAAGCUAAACCAUCAGUCACCAGAACAGGAAGUCAGCACUUACGUUCAGAAUAAAAUCCGGAGAGCGGAAGUUAGCAGUGCGAGACGCCGGGCCGUGGGGGCGCUUCACGGCCGAGGGGGCAGGCGGCAAGAGGCACUGGACGGAAGAGGACGGCCCGCGUGGACAUAAGGAAGCAGGAAGAGGACGUGGGGAGGGGCAGGGGGCCCAGAGGGGCAACGUCGUCAACAAGGCAUUAAAAGAUGGAGAACACGAAGUCACGUUCAUGUGCCCAUGGCCUGGCGUAGCCGCGGGGGCUGAUGACACACGAGAGCUGGGUUGGCAGAAGACAGGCAGGGACAGGGGCACCCGCACUGGGGGACUGUGGGGUCCAGGGGGCGCACGGCACCGGAGGGGCAGGAGCAGACCUGGGCGGACACGCGGUGUCAUGAGGCGGCCGCUUUCCUCUAGGAGGCAGGACAGAAGAGUCCCCUGCCCGGAGCGCCGGUCUCGUGGGGGUGCGUGAAGGGCGUGUCCCCAGGGCAGGGGCCGACCGCAGCAGAGAAAUGCAGGGCUGGGUCAGCGCCACGUGAGAUCUGAGGGCUGCCGCUUAUUUUCUAAAAUUCAGCAAACACCUGAGUGGCUACCAUAAGCCAGACAGUGCCCUGGGCGCUGGGGACACAGCACAGGCCGAGUCCCUGCCACCAUCUCCACGAACGGAGGAACUCUGAACGACCCCUGCACUGCAGCUUGCGGAGCUGCGCGCGGGCAGAUGGGGACCAGGUCUGGGCUUCUGCCGGCGGUGUGAGGACAGGGGCUGAGACAGACAAGGAGGGUCAGAGAGGGCAAGGAGGGACUCGGAGUCGGGCCCGGGGUAGCACCCAGGCGGCGGGGGGAGCCGACUCCAAGGGCAGCUCCCCGUGCUGCGUACACAGGCGCCGCGGUCUCGACUUCCCCGGACUCUGAGCUUUUCAAAACCAAACACGUGAGCAAGCCUCAAGCUUCCUUUACUUCGUGCCCUACAUGCGACCUGACCGUGACCUGUGGCAAAGUCCUGGGACCCCUUCCAAGUGGCCGCCGGUGGCCACCCUGUCACCGCCGGCACCGCUGCGGCUCCCUGGGGAGGGAGGGACCCGCGAGUCGGAACUUCGCACCCAAACCACCAAGUCACGUCAACACAGAAGGAAGCCACGACGACCAGGACCGCGACGCAGUUUCCGUCCACGAAGCCUCUCAUUCUCUCUGUCCCCGGGCGCUGGGGGUGCUGAACCGCCCCUUCCCACCGGGCCUGCUGUUCCCGGGGCGACUGCCCGCAUCCGUACUGGCCGGGACGUGGGGGAGACCGAGGCUUGUGCGCAGCCUCCUGACCCCACUGUCCCAUUCCGGACCCUCCGCUCACCGCGUCACCAGGACGCCCCAGCCCCGACCGAGUGGGCAGGAGCAGCGGGGUGGGAAGCGGCCCCGCCCCGAAGGCCGUGCCCUCCGCGGUGGCAGCCGAGACCGCUGCGCGUCCGCCCAACAACGGCGUGGUCUCCCCAGAAGACACCGAGGGCACCUGCCGAGGGACCCCAUCCACACCGAGCCCCGGAGCAGGCGCGCGCCCCCAGACACGGGAGUCCUCCGUGGGUCACCCCGUGGCCGGCGCCCCAGCACUGUGGACACUGCACCUCUGCGCACCCCAUGCUCUGCCCGCCCCACCUUGCCCGUGCACUCGGAACCUCGAGCACCCAGGACAGAGUGCCCCACGGCCACGCCACCACUGCUCCCGAGGGGGGGCUCCAAAGGCAGCCCUCCUGCCCUCUGCGGCCCGGCCGCCUCUGCCCUCCAACAGGGGGUCCCGACUUCACGCAGAAACGCUGUCACCCUCAUCCUCGAGAGUCGGCCGCCCUGCCCUUCAUGCUCCCACAACAAAGCGGGCGGCGCUCUGCCCCCACCGCCCUGCCCCCCCCCGCUCUGCCCCCCUCCCCCCCGCUCUGCCCCCGUCCCCUGCUCUGCCCCCCCACGGCCACCUGCUUGCGCCCGGCCAGCCCCUCAUCCCCUCCCUGACCUGUGACCGCCUGGGACGCACACCGCCCUGGCCCCACCACUCACCUCGUGCUCCGCAGCACCCGUCAGAGGGCGGGCAUACACAGCAGGCGAUCCCACGGUGACAAGAUGCUUGGGGAAAGGGGUGGCCGGGGGGGGGGGGGGCGUCAGUCCU